AUGAAGUCGAACAACGAGAACAAUUAUGUACGAGUAUCAUACAAUAACUUUGUAACUACACGCAAUCGGUAAUUUGGAAAUGAGAUCACAAACAUAUAACGAGUACCAACUCGAUCUACAUCGCAAUUCAUCUGUUCCAAACCUAUGUUAAAGAUCGAAGAAGAAACACCUCCUCCUGUUCCUGAAUUCGUAAAUCCAUACGUUGUUGAUAUAUUCGAAUAUCUCCGUGUGAAUCAACAUAAAUACAUGUGUUAGACUCCAUUUUACAUGAACUUACAAUUAGACAUUACUAAUUAGAUGCGUUCAAUUCUAAUUGACUGGUUAGUCGACGUGCAUCUUAAGUUUAAGUUACAAUCAGAAACACUCUAUAUGACUAUCAAUUUAAUCGAUCGUUACCUUGCCAAAAACACAAUCAUGCGAAAUAAACUCUAACUAGUCGGAAUUGCUUCCCUCUUCAUAGCAUCCAAAUUUGAAGAAAUCUAUGCUCCAGAACUUAAAGAUUUUGUAUGCGUUUGUGACAAUGCUUACACUAAAGAAGAAAUACUUGAAAUGGAAAGUAAAAUUUUACUAACAGUCUAAUUUCAGUUGACAUUUACUUCCCCAAUCAAAUUCCUUGAGAGACAGAUUUCAGGAGCAAAUUUGUGUGACAAAAUUAAUUACGCUUCCAGAAUGAUUCUAGAGUUAUCCCUCCUUGAUGUCAAAUGUCUCAAAUUUUCAUCAUCCCUGCUUGCUACCACUGCCAUCCUCUUGGCAAUAAACUUACUUCGAUCCCCACAAGUAUUACCCUCUUCCCUUCAUUAUGUUGAUAAUCAAGAAGAUCUAAGACAAUGUUUACAAGAGUUCCUUCCAAUCAUCAAAUUACUAUAAAGUAGUACUAUGACUGCAAUUAAAAGAAAGUAUUCUCUUGACAAGUUCAAUAAGAUUGCAGAAUAACUUCUGGCCAUCUUACAUAAUUAAAAAUGAACUAUAUUCAAUUAAUAUAUACUACUAAUUCGACAUA